AGGCUACCAAAAAAUAAUAAUAAUAAUAAUAAUAAUAAUAAUUAACUCCAUUUAUUUUCGACAGCAAUUUAUUUACAGGUCUUCAGCAGGCAUCUAUGUAAAAUAUCUUCCUGGCGGAAAGGAGAUAGCUGAGUAUCUUCUUCAUUGGUUAGGGUUUGUAGCAAUAGUCAUAUCUCGACGUCCAGACUGGGUUUAUCCAUUAUUUUUGAGUUUUGAGAACGGUUCUGUUGUUGGUACUGAAUUUUAAGGGAGAGGAUGUCUGGAAGAAAUCGUGGUCCACCUCUCCCUAUGAAAGGUGCUCCCCAUGCUGGACCACCGCCUCCAGUUCAUGAACCACCAUUUGUAAGAGGCCUAGGACCAAUGCCACCGCAUCCAGCCAUGCUAGAUGAGAUGAGGGAACCCCAAUUCAUGAUGGGUCAUAGGGCCCUCCCUCCACACCCAGCAAUCAUCGAGGAGCGUCUUGGUGGUCAACUUCAAGAAAUUCAGGGACUCCUGGCUGAUAAUCAGAGGCUGGCUGCAACUCAUGUUGCAUUGAAGCAGGAACUGGAAGCUGCACAGCAUGAGUUGCAGCGAAUGGCUCAUUACUCAGAGUCCUUGAGGGCAGAGAAGGAUGUUCAAAUGAGGGAGAUGUAUGAGAAGUCAGUCCGUUUGGAGGUUGACCUUCGUGGUGUGGAGGCUAUGCGGGCUGAACUUCAUAAUGUUCGCUCUGAUAUUAAGCAGCUCAGUGCUGUGAGGCAGGAGCUAACAAAUCAGUUUCAAGUCAUGAAUCAAGAUUUGGCCAGACUUACAGCUGAUUCACAACAGGUACCAGCACUGAAGGUAGAAAUUGAGAAUAUGAAACAAGAACUGCAACGUGCCAGAUCUGCCAUUGAGUAUGAGAAGAAAGGAUAUGCAGAGAAUUAUGAACAUGGUCAGGCAAUGGAGAAGAAAUUGAUUUCAAUGGCUCGAGAGGUGGAAAAGCUUCGUGCAGAAAUUGCUAAUGCUGAGAAGAGGGCUCGUGCUGCUUCUGCUGUUGGAAAUCCUGCAAGUGCAGGUUAUAAUGCAAAUUUUGGAAACCCUGAAGCUGCAUAUACUGUAAAUCCUUAUCCUGCCAGCUAUGGCAUGACUCCUGUUCAGGCUGGUGCAGAAGGUUAUCCUCAGUAUGGACUAGCCCCUGGUUCCUGGGUUGCAUAUGACAUGCAACGAGCUCAAGGACACAGAUAGAGUUAUUUUCAAGUCAUUCUAAGGGGUUUCAUUGGGUAUUUUUGAGAUGCAACUUAUUUAGAUAUUUAGGUUUUAGAUUGAACCAUUAUCGCAUGGUAAACUUUUUGGAGUUUGUACUUUAAGAUAUUACAGGUUCAUAUUAGUUAGAAAAUGCAUUAUGCUGUUGUUAGUAAGGCAUCUUCUUAUUCAGUUGUUUGUAUUGACUCCUCCAUGAUGAUUAAAUUGAGCCUGUCAGAUGUUAUACAUUUAUGAAUUUUAUAUUGGGAAGUCUAUGUAUAAAAAAAAGGAGUAAAAAACACAUCUUAGUUUUGUUUAUUGUGCUUUUAAGAGUAGAGAUCUGCAGUUGCUGGAUUUCUCUUUUGUCUGUAAUCCCUAGAUAAUUCUAUGAUAUUUGGCCCAUGUUUUUCUGAGCCACUCAGACUUUGGUUUAGUUUCUCAUGUCUUCUUGAGUUUCUCUUGGUUUAGUAAAUUUCAGUUUUUCUUGAGGCGGCAUUGGUCUUGGUUCCAGGCAGGAGGAAAUUAGUGGAGAUGAAUGUCAGAGAUACUUCAGAGAAAGGGUAUAUUGGAAAAGAGCAAGAGAUUGACACUGAAGAAGAGGACACAGAGAGACACUAAAAGUGAAUGGUGGACGCACUAAUGGCAGAAAUGGACACACACAAUGGGUCAGUCCUUUCAAACAUUUCAGAUCCAGAAUCUUAAUGCUGGAAGAGAUCAAAUCUAAAGUCCGAUAAUAAUAAAAACCCAGGCAGUGCAUGAACAAUCUGGAUAAUAAGAACCUUGAUGUUUGUAUGUUCUUUUAGGUCUACAAAGUUGCUGUUUCUGCCAUCACGAUUUUUUGAUACUUUAUAAUUCAGUGACAUGCUUUGUAAGUCUCCAUUUAUGCAAAGAACCCCUCAUAUGAAGAAAGAGAUUAGCUUCCU